AUGGAGACGACGAUGUACAAGAAGAGGAAGGAGAGAGAUGAAGAGGCAAAGGAGGAGGGUGCUGGCACGAUGACCGAUCCAGUGCCCAGCAAGGAGACCGCUCCAAGCAAGAAGCCUCGCGGCAGCGUACGAGAGGAGGGGGACGACAUGCUGCUGCUCCUCGCCAAGACCCGCGUUGAAGAGCUCGCCCCCACCCAGAAAGUGUUGUCGGUGGUGAAGGAGGAGACCUUGCCCGAGGCAUUCAAGCUGUUGGUCGAGCACAACAUCCUCGCUGCGCCGGUGCUGGGCAAGGCGCGCCACUUCCUCGGCUUCGUCGACAUGCUCGACUUUGCCCAGUUCAUUAUAACCGAGUUCGGCGACAAGUCCAUCCAAAGCAUGGAGGACGUGCAGGGCUUGAUGCGCAACCUGGACAAAUGGAACUCGGCCAAAGUCAGCGACAUCAUGCGGUCAUCGCGCGGCAAGGCCGAAGUGGUGGCCAAGGGCUACUCGCUGCUUCACGCCGCCGAGAUUCUGGCGUGCCCGGUGGCAGACAGCAGCGGCCACAUCUGCCACAUCGUCACGCAGUCGAUGCUCAUCGACUUUGUGUGGCACCACAUCGACGCCCUCGGCGAGAAGCGCCACACGCGGGUCGACCAGCUCCGGCUCUCGCCAGGCACGGUCGUUUCAGUCGACGCCAAUGUGAGAACCCUCAGCGCUCUGUCCGUCAUGAUCGAGAAGGGCGUGACAGGGCUGCCGGUGGUGAACGAGGAGGGCGCCGUGGUCGACAACAUCUCGACCCGUGAUCUGAGGGGAAUCAAGUACGACGCCAAAAUGCUCUGGCGGUUGUGGGAAUCGGUGGCGUUCUUCAAACGUAGGAUUGUGGAGGGCGAUCAAAAGGCUCCGACCGACGUCGUGUACGUGCUGAAUUCGGACACGCUCGAGACGGUGGUGCAAAAGAUGGCCGACCAUCACAUCCACCGCGUGUUCGUUGUGGAUGACGAGCUGCACAAGCGACCCGUCCGUGUGCUCUCCCAGUGCGACAUCCUCCAAAACGUGCUUCGGACCUAA